GUCAGAUUGUGGGCAAUUUACCUCUGUACUGGGAUGGGAGCAGAGGGAGAUUAUCCUUUGAGCUCACCUUGGACUGAGCUCCCCUUUUGAAACUCAGACUGAUAAUAAAAGGGAGAAAAUAUUCCAUAUGCUUGAGAAGCUGUGGUAAACUACUGCUCUGCGGGAAGAGAAAGUGAUUUUCCAAAUCACAUUAGUCUUUGGCCUUCUUUGCUACUGUGUGUGUGCACUGCAGUCUUUGCUUUGCAAAGCAGACAGUAUGACGAUAUCUGGACAUUUGGCUAGCAUUCCCAGACAGGGGAGGGGAUAAAAAGUGCAAUGUUAAUGUGGCAAAAGAAAAAGAAAGGAACAAGAUCAUAAAGAUAAUGGCUUCCUUGGAGUACAGCUGAAAGAAAUGCUUUGGGAUCAGAGGAGCUGGAUACCCUCAUCUCAUGACAGCAAAGCCACUUCCCUGAACAAAAAUGGAUACAGAGAUGCUACCAAGGAGGAAAUAUCCUGACAAAGUACCCCUCCGAAGCAUCUCAGUGGAUGUGGUGAUCCAAGAUUUUGUAGCUGAUGUUGUGUCUGAGCUUCAGUACAAGAACGAAGACACUGUUCCCCUGGAGGUUGUUUUUGACAUGCGUCUGGACAAGGAUGUUGCUGUUUAUGCCUUUGAAGGCAUCAUGGAUGGGACACAAAUUGAGGCUCAGAUCAUGGAAAAAUGGCAGGUAGUAGAAAAGGUAAAGGAAAACUGGGGAAAAGAUGCUUCCCUCUUUAAAUGGGAUCCAAAGGACAGAGACAUUUUUGGAUGCAUACUGGGUAGCCUUCCUCCAGGUGGGGAAGCCACACUGAAGUUGUGUUACACCCAGCCUUUGGCUCCAGCAUCUGAUGGGUCCAUCCGAUUUGUCCUGCCAGUUGUACCAAAUCCCUGCAAUGUACCUCAGGGACCAGAAGAUGAAAAUCCCAUGCAGAUCACACCAGAGAUUCCUGAGGAGCAACUUCUUAGUCCACUCAGUCUCUCUGCUGCAUUGGGCUCUUACUAUGCCAUUUCCCAUGUGAAGUCAAAUUACACCCUUGCAGGUUUUCAGUACACAACUGAAGACCGCACCACUGCUCAGGUUUGCUUGGCAGAAGGACAUUACUUUGAGAAAGAGGUGGAAUUGCUAAUAUAUUACAAAGAAGAAUUUUGCAAGCCUGUGGCCCUGGUAGAACUUGGAAAACCUGGGAAUGUUCCAGGUUCAUUGAUGGGAGAUCCAGUACUUCUGCUUAGUUUGUAUCCCAGGAUCUCCACUCCAAAGCCAGGUCUGAACUCUACUGGUGAAUUCUUGUUCCUGCUGGAUUGCUCCAAUGACAUGUCUUACAGCACCGAGACGAACCCAGAUUCUCAAUCUCGUAUUCAGAGUGCUAAGGAGAUGGUGAUUUUCUUGUUGAAGAGCCUCCCUCUAGGAUCUUACUUCAACAUCUAUGCAUUUGGAUGCAACUACUAUUCAUUCUACCCAAAGAGUGUCAAGUACACACAGUGGACCAUGUUGGGCUCUCUCCGGCGCGUGAUGGGGCUGAAGGCUAAUUUGGGAGAUGCAGAAAUUUUGCAACCACUGAAGGCAAUUUACAGCCAGCCAUACAUUGAGGGAUAUGCACGUCAGCUCUUUUUAUUCACACAUAGAGAGACAUCUGACAUGAACGAGGUCAUUGCUGAAGUUGAAACUCACAGCAGCUCCCACAGGUGCUUCACCUUUGGAAUUGGUGAAUGGCCUGCCACUCAUACACUAAAUAGUAUGGCUGAAGCAGGCCAUGGCUGUGCUGAGUUCAUCAAGGACACCGAGAAAAUGCCAUCCAAAGUGAGAAACAUCCAGACAGCACUGCAGUCUAUGAAGAAAGCCCUGGAUCCAGUAAUGAUGGACAUCUCUCUUCAAUGGGAUUUGCCUCCUGGGCUUGAGGCCUGGCUUGUACAGCCAAUCCCUCAGGUCAUUUACACAGGGGAGUGCUCUCUUAUUUGUGCUCAAAUCUGUGGGCAACAGCAGGAUGUCAACCUUUCCGAGGGGUCUGUCGUGGUCCAGCACAGCAUGCAGGGGUGGACUUUCACAGAGAGGAUAACUUUCUCACUCCAGGUGCAAGAUAAUGAAAGGUUUCCUCUUCACCGCCUGGCAGCUCGGGCCUUUUUGCAAGAAUUGAAAGGAACACGUUCAGUGGAAGAGAUGCAGCUGGCUGUAGAGACAAGCCUGAGCUCUGGAGUGGCGUGCUCUCAGACGGCUUACAUUGUGGUGAACACAGAACCUGGAAAACUGUCCCAAAUCCACAUUUACUUCCAAAAUCUCUUUGGUUUUUGGGGGCCUUAUGAUUUGCGUGCAUAUGAUGACAUAAUAGAGCUAAUAGAAUAUAAAACAAAAGUAGAGUCUACUGGUGUGAUCUUUUCUACAAAUUCCUGUCAAUGGCAUCACCAUCGUUCUCUAUGUAGGAAUACCUGCAUAUUCAAGAAAAUUCACGAAAUAUCUGAAUUUUUGAGGAAGGCUUAUUAUUCAGCAGUCAUUGUCCUUGCCAGCAGUGACUUAAGUUGGAAAAGUUAUUCUUCCACUGAAGACUUUCUUCAUGCUUAUAGUGUGAUCUUUGAUCAGCCUGAUCCUCCAACAAAAGAAUCUCUUGUCUUACGGCUGAUCUGCUUGCAGAAUGCUGAUGGAUCGUGGCCCCUGGAAGCCUGUCUGCUCAAUAUUCUAGGCCUAGAUGAAGAGACUUUUGAGAAAAUGCCUAACCAGGUGGCACCAAUGGCAUGGGCAACAGUUCUUGUUAUCCUUUGGCUUCAUAUCCAUGCUGCAGAAGAGAGUGACACUUCACAGCUCUUGCAAGCAAAAGCUUUGGGCUGGCUCCAUGAGAAUGCAGGGCUCCAGUUGGCAGUGUGUGUGCAAGCUGGCAACACUUUCCUUGGGUGUGACAUCAAUCUUGACGUUUUUGGGCUCUGAGCUUCUCCCUCCUCUUUGUGCUCAUGACUGACCUUUAUUGCUCUUCAACUUAAUUUGGUCUGUCUUUUUCUCAGAUAACUAAAGUACUAUCUAGAAUUGCUGUUAUCUUCCUCAACAUGCUUGCUCCCCUUCUGUUGCCUUCCCUCUGUAAAUCAGCACUUAUAUAUGUUUCAUUUAGGCUGAUGUUGAUUUUCAGGCAAAGUGCAAGGCAAUAAAUGAAAAAGAGAAGCCUAUACUCUGAGUGUCUUGUCUGUAUGGUCCCCUGGACCACUUAAUAGCUUUUAAAGGGGCGCUAAUAAUAUUUCAUGUAAUCUUAGAACUUAUUUUUCUGUGUCCUCCAAAAAUCUCUUGGGAUUUGACUGCCAAGAGAUUUGCUGAGAAACAUCCUGAUAAUUACAGAGGAGGAAAGCAUGUCAGUGUGGGCUCAGACUGCUGUAGUAAAAAAAAAAAAUCAUUUCUACCAGUGUUUGUACCACAUCUCAAAACAGUACUUUCUUGGAGCAGGACAAAGAAAACACUAAAUGAUAUAGUAUAAACAUGUUUUCUCUCCUUGGAGCCAACGAUCUGUCUGCAAAUCUCACUCUUAGCUCAGAGUUUUAGUAUGUUUAGUCAGUAGGCAGCCGUUCAUCUCACACUUUCCUUUCUCUAUGCCCUAGUGGCUUCAAACUUAUCACGAUAAACAGUUAUAUAUGUGUAAUGAAGUAUGAGUUUUGUAUUCAUGUUUGUUGUGUUUAACUAUGUGCUUGUGGUUUGGUUAGGUAGGUGUGAGACGUCGGCAGCCAUUUAGUGGCUCUCCUCUGAGGCAGUUGCCAUGGAGAUGUGGGUGGAGCCACCUGCCGAGGGAAGGAGAAGUGAGGAGGUUUUUAAAAGUGAAGCCUCAGUCCGUGCUUUGAUGAGGCACAGGGAAGAUUGAUUCCAGGUUGAUAGGAUCAAGGAGACUCAAUUGUUCAUUUUGAGUCAGUUUUAAAUAAGUUUGGUGACUUAUUUAAUGUAGUCUGUGUCCUGGAAAGGCACAGAGAAUCUGUGAUAGUAUAUCACGAGGGUGACUGUGGUUUGAAGUCACUGGAUAGUCCAAGUUUCAGACUUUGGGAACCAAUCCCAGCUGGACUCAAAGAGAUCCUUUGAAGUAACAGUUUAAAAGGAGCAGAGGAAGAAGUUUUAACUACUUUAAGUAAAAGAAGUGAUAUUUUAGAGAGUUUGAUUCAUCUCAUUCUAGUAUUGUAACUGUUAAUGAGAAUACCUCUUAAGUGAAACAUCUUUUGUAACCACCAAGCUUGUGCCUGAAUAAACUUGAUAUUGUUCUUUUUA